UCUGAAAAAAAAAUUUUCAUACGCCCUUACUGUUUCUCGGGUACCAUAAGGGCGUAUAAUUUUUUAUACGCCCUUAUGGCAUCUGCAAUGCAAUAUACAAUAUUAUUUUACGGUGAAUAAUUAUUCUUGUUUCUUUGAAAAUGUUGACAUAUUAAGAAAAAUCGAAAAUUAAAUAACACUAAUAUUUCGUAAUUUAUUUAUUUUAAAUACUCGUAUAAUACCGAUAAUAUCUUCUGCUCCAAAAAAAUUUCCAUUCGUCUUGUUUGAGAGAUAAAUUAGUGAUUUAUGUCCAUUUCACACCUGAGGGACAAAAUAUUCAAGUAUCUAGAUAAUAAAACCCGAUGGUUAUUUAAUAAAAGGUAGACAAAUCUCUUAGUAAUUAUAGGAUUAAAAACACUUAAGAUAAAUAAGUGAGGGUCCAUUUAAUACGUCAGACAGUACAAGGCGUCAUAGGUUUAUUACUUGGGUAAUUACUUUUUCUACCGAAAUGUUUGUCCUUUGUAAUAUAUACAGUCUUCUUUGAGUUACCAUUUACAUUCUAAAGUAACCAAUAACACCCCCAUCAGUUUUGUAAAAUUCUUCUGACCAAUGAACUUGCAAUAUGUCCCUCCUUCCUUAAUUUUUAUCUUAAACGAAAAGGACGAUGGAUAUUUUUAAAGUAAAACCGGCACCUUGAUGCAGUUCAGUUGUCCUGUAGCUCUUGAGGAUCACGAUCACACUUCAUCUUAUUGUUGAAAAUUAUUACAGAAGUUACUAUUCUAAUAUCUAAGUUUAUAGUAAUUACAGAAGUUACUUGUUUUAUUUUUUGAAAAUAUCUACUUAAAAAAAUUAUUGCCGCAAAAAUGAAUUUCUUAAAAAACGCUGAGGAGUAUGAAGAAGUUGAAAACAGAAGAAUUAAGAAUAACGUGAUAGAAAGCGACGACGAUGAAAGCAGUAGCAGCGAAAGUGAGGAAAGUGCCGGAGCCGACGAUGAAAAAGUCAACGGGAGUAAAAGAAAAAUAAUUAAUGACGACGACGAUGACUUUGAUGAUCGUUUGGAGGACGAUGAUUAUGAUUUGAUUGAAGAAAAUUUGGGCAUUACUGUUGACCGUCGACGAUUUAAACGUUUGAAGCAGAUGCCAGCCGACGGAUCUGACGACGAAGAUGAAGAUAAUGGAAAGACUGAGAAAGACUCUAUUGCUAAUGAAUUAUUUGAAAAUAGCAUUGAUGAUGAUACUCAAAAACGAAGUCCCAGUCGCGAAUCGGAGCAUCAGGGAUCCAAUCUUGACGACGAUGAUCAAAGUGUUGCAUCAGAAGAUGAUUUUAUUGUUGACAAUGAUGACAAGCCCAUACCCAAGAGGAAAUAUGUUUCUGCAGGCGAUCCAGCUCUGGACCAGGCCAGGGAAAUAUUUGGUGUCGACUUUGAUUAUAAUACUGUACGACACCAGUACGACGAUGACAUGUUUCCAGAAGACGAAAAUAAGGAAAAUGAAGAUGAGAAGAAAAAAACAAGAAAACCUACAGCCCAAAAUAUUUUCCAAAUAUACGAGCCCAGUGAUUUAAAACGAUCAUUCUAUACGGACUUAGAUCAUGAGAUCCGUUGCAAGGACAUUCCUGAGAGAAUGCAGUUGCGCUCAACGCCGAUUACUCCUGUACCUAAAGAUUCCAGCGAGCUUGAUGAAGAGGCCAAGUGGAUUUAUAAGCAUGCAUUCAUACAACGAAAAAUUUUACAACAAGUUACGGAUAAUUUUGGAUUUAAAGGACCAAAAACGGUGGAGAAAAUAAAGAAUGCGUUGAAUUUGAUGCGUAAUCAAAACUUCGAAGUUCCUUUUAUAGCUUUUUACCGGAAGGAACUAGUGGCACCAGAAUUGAACAUCGAUGAUUUGUGGAAAGUGUACAAGUUUGAUGCUAAAUGGUGUCAACUGCACCAGAGCAAAAAAAAAUUGCUGAGUUUGUUUGAGAAUAUGAGAGAUUUUCAAUUGGACGAAUUAAUGAAGAAUCCUGAUGCGUCACUUCCAAAUGAAAUUCGGGUUAUCAAAGACAAAGAUAUCGAGCGUUUGAAGAACGUCCAAACAAACGAAGAGAGAAAUGACGUUUAUAAUCAUUUCAUGCUCUACUACAGUCGCGACAUUCCGCGAAUGAAGGAAAUCUUAAGACAGAAGGAGAUGGAAGCUCAACAGGAAAAAAAUAGGAAACGUCAACAACAUCUUUUGGAGGCUGAAAAAAAUAGUGAAGAUCCAUCGCUUGGGGAUGAAGAUGCUGAAAAGACUGAAAAAAAUAACUGUACUCUUAAGCAGGCCGUCAGAAGUGGACCUUACGCACUUUAUGUCCGCGCCGGGCUCAGCAGUUUUGCUAAAAAAUUUGGUCUCACUCCUGAACACUUUGCUGAAAAUUUACAAGACAAUUAUCAGCGUCAUGAAGUCAGUCAAGUUCCAGUUCAUCCUGAUGUAGUGGCGCAAAGCUAUCUUGGGAAAAGUUUCCAGUCCACAGAAGAAGUUUUGAAAGCUGUUCAGCACAUGGUGGCCAUCCAACUGGCACGUGAACCAAUUGUACGAAAAUGUGCUCGUAAAAUUUACAUGGAUCGUGCUAAGCUGUCAGUACGCCCGACUAAAAAAGGAAUCAGAGAAAUAGAUGAAAGUCAUCCGAUCUAUACCAUGAAGUACUUGAAAAACAAACCAGUUCGUGAACUUGUCGAUCAUAUGUGGCUCAAGUUAUCGACUGCCGAGGCUGACGGUUUGAUAACAAUCACAUUCAGCGAAACUGUUGAAGGUAUUGUCGGCUCAGACUUUAUCAGUGAAUUCAAGCAGCUAUACAUCAAAGAUGAAUUCAGCAGAAAUGUCCAAGACUGGAAUAAUUUACGUACUGGUAGUGUAGAAUUGGCUUUUAAAAAAUAUAUUAUACCAGACUUGAAGAAUGAAUUAAGAGCUAAUAUCACCGCUGAAGCAAAGGAAUCCAUCACGUACUUGUGCUGUCGCAAGUUAUUCAACUGGAUAAAGUUUGCUCCCUACACAUGCAGAUUUCAUGGCCUAGAUGAUGAGGUUUGGAACACUGGAAAAGGCAUCAGGUCGAUGGGAAUCGCUUAUGUUCCAGAUGUCAAUCAAGCUGCGUUUGCUUCAAUCGUCACUCCGGAUGGUGAGUGUGUUGACUUUUUAAAAUUGCCUCAUUUGUUAAAACGCAAGAAUAGUUUCAACCAAAACGAAAGACAUCUCAAAGAAGCUGAUUUACUUUCUCUGAGAAAUUUUAUCAGAAAAAAUAAGCCUCAUAUUGUAGUAAUUGGUGGUGAAUCCAGAGAUGCUCAAACAAUUUCCAAUGACAUCAGAAAAUGCUUGAAAACGCUUGCUGAUAAAGAACAUUAUCCUGCUAUACAAGUUGAAAUAUGUGACUCUAAUGUAGCGAAGAUAUUUUCUACCAGCAAUAGAGGAGUAGCAGAAUUUCGUGACUUCCCUCCACUACUGAGAGAAUCGAUUUCACUUGCGCGACGUCUACAAAAUCCUCUCGGGGAAUUUUCGCAGCUUUGUAAUCCAGAUGAAGACUUGCUCUGCUUGAAAUUCCAUCCCCUUCAAGAUUUACUUUCAAAAGAAGAGCUUUUGGUGGAUUUGUAUGCCGAAUUUAUCAACAGAGUCAACGAAAUUGGUGUCGACUUGAGCAGCAAUAAUAUCUACAAUAAAAAUUUAUUACAAUUCGUAUGUGGAUUAGGCCCCAGAAAAAGUCAGGGUCUAUUGAAAAUACUGAAAAGCAAAAAAAAUAAAUUGGAAAAUCGUACUCAAUUGGUUACCAUGUGCCAUAUGGGACCAACAGUUUUUAUAAAUUGCGCUGGAUUUAUAAAAAUAGACACGGAUACUCUCGACGACAACUCAGAUGUCUACAUUGAGAUGUUGGACAGCACGAGAAUUCAUCCAGAAACGUACGAGUGGGCGCGUAAAAUGGCUGUCGAUGUUCUAGAAUACGAGAAUGCAAAUUUAGAUCCAGGUACAGCUAUCGAAGAGAUAAUAAAAACUCCCGACAAGCUUCAUGACUUAGAUCUCGAUGACUUUGCCGUCGAAUUAGAGAGACAAGGCUUUGGAAAUAAAAUUAUUACUCUUUAUGACGUCCAAACUGAAUUAACUGAUCGUUACAAAGAUCUACGAGUACCCUAUGAAUCUCCAUCUCCCGAAGAAAUGUUUACUUUAGUAACCAAAGAAACUCGAGAGACUUUUUACGUUGGUAAACUAGUCCAGGCAACAGUUAUUGGGUUCCAAUUCAUAAAACCCGCACGUAAACAACUGGACCAAGCACACCCCGUUAAAAAUUAUGAUACUGGACUCUGGCAGUGUCCAUUCUGUUCCAAGGAUGACUUUUUUGAACUCUUUGAAGUAUGGAAUCAUUUUGACACGGGAGCUUGUCCAGGAAAAGUUACCGGCGUUAGACUCCGCCUGGACAAUGGACUGUCUGGAUACAUUCAUUCUACAAAUAUAUCUGAUAAUUAUGUCGCAAAUCCUCAAGACCGAGUACAUAUCCAACAAGUGAUAGCUUGCCGUGUUACCAAAGUUGAUGUAAACCAAUUCAGCAGCGAAUGUUCCAGCAAAAGCAGCGAUCUUGCUGACGUAAAUAAUACCUGGCGACCUGCUAAGGACUUAUUCUACGACACAGAGGCUGAAGAAGAAGAUAAAAGAGCAGAAAAAGAAAGCAGGAAAAGUAAACAGCCGGUUUAUACAAAACGUCUUAUUGUUCAUCCGUCAUUUCACAACAUAAGUUUCGUUGAAGCUGAGAAAAUGAUGAAGACUAUGGAUCAAGGGGAAACUAUUAUCAGACCCAGCAGCAAAGGAAUCGAUCAUUUAACAGUCACUUGGAAAGUAACUGAUGACAUUUAUCAGCACAUUAAUGUUAUUGAAACAGAUAAAUCAAAUUCUUUUUCAUUGGGACGAAGUUUGUGGAUCGGCACUGAAAAAUUUGAAGACUUGGAUGAAAUACUUGUGAGAUAUAUCAACGUGAUGGUUGGUAACGUCGUAGAAAUACUUAAAUUCAAGUACUAUCGUCGUGAGGUUCUUGGAUUCAAAGACAAGGCUGAGCAAAUAUUAAGGGAACAGAAGAGAAAAAAUCCUCCUAGUAUUCCAUACAUUUUUUCGGCUUCGAAAAAUUAUCCUGGUAAAUUUUUAUUAUCGUAUGUGCCUCAAUUUAAAUGUUACCAUGAGUAUGUUACUGUUGUCCCACAGGGAUUCAAAUAUCGCAACAAAGUGUUCAAUAAUCUUAAUACGUUAAUAUGUUGGUUCAAAAAACAUUUCAAUGACCCAAUUGUUGUACCCCCUGGGUUGUCUGAAACGACAUCUCAUAAUACUUCAGAGAUCAGAUGUUUAGUUGCUUAAUUAUUAUUUUUAUUUAUUUAUAAAUUUGUAUAUA